GACAGGUGCUUCGAGAUGAGAGUUUCGGAGGCGGAAACCUGCUGGUUCAGUAGACGCAAGCCGUUCCUUAUAUAUGUGUCAAUUCAUUUGUGCUUUUCUCAAGAUUUGCAGAAGAAGAGUAGCGAUAUUUGACGAGAGCAGCAGAGAAAAAAUUAAACUUUUUGGACGUGGGAGAUGUGAGGAGACAGGACACCUGGCUAGUGCGUAAAAUGGAUACUGCUGCAACCCUUUGAAGGACUGCUGUCACUGUUGUGCUCCACCACUGAAGAAGAAGACACUGACCUGUCCUGUGGAUUUCUAUCUCAGCUCAGUCAAAGUUGUGUCAUUUACACUUUGCUUUGGGUCGUUUGAAGUGUCCACACCACCUGUUGUAGCUCAGUUCCCUUCCUCCAGUCAAACAUGACAGAGAGGACCCCAUGGUGGAAGUCAUUCCUGCCAAAGAAGAGGAGCGGAGGCCCCAAGGACACCGCUUCAUCCCACAGCUUUGACCAGGACUUUGACCCUUUUGCACAGAAGCAAAAAGACCCUUCCGCAGCAGCCUUGAAGACUACCGGCGACCAGUCCCUGCUGUCUCAACAAGAGUCCAACAUGAGCUCCAGCCUUAGUGAUGACACCUACGACGAUUCUCGCCUGGAGUCGGUCUUCAACGAGCAGACGUGUCGCAGAAAAAUGAAGGUGUCACGCUCAGGUCGAUUUAAGGUGAACCACAGGGUGCGAUCGAGCCUUCCUAUAGAGGAGAAAGAGACAGAGAAUGUGGCAUCAGGGAAAGAGGACAUACGGUGACGAUGAGGAGGAGGUGAUCAAUGACUGCUUUACAAAGAUGCUUGAAGAAAAGGAGGAGGAUUUGAGUACAUGAAGAUGCUUAAUUCCCUUGAGGCGUACCAAGAGGUCUGCUGUAUGUUGGUUAUGAUGGUGAUGAUGAAGAUGACAAGGAGCAUUCAAGUUUUAGCCUAAUAGUGCAGGAAUAAGGUUAUGUGGUACAUGAAAUAUUGUAAAUUUAGACAUUUGUGUUCAUGGACUUGUGCCAGAGGGCCACAAUGAUAAAUGGCUUGAAAAUUGAUUGUAUUUAUUCUUCGUGAUGGUUAUUGAACCAUUUUUCCAACAAUAUCCCAUAAUCAAUGCCCAAAAGAAGAGAUAUAGUAGUGAUGCAGUAAGCACUUACUAAGAGCCCAGCAUAUAGUUAAUAUCCCACAGUGUCCGUGUUUCAGUCACAGACAGUGGCAAGCAUAAAAUUACCUACAACCUUUUAAAGCACAAUCCUCAAAUGCCAUUUUCUGUCAAUACUCCAGAUGAAGUGUGAUAUGCUUUAGGCAAAUAUUGUUCAUAAGAUGUUUACAUUAUUUCUGUAAUAAGAUAAUAAUAUAUGUUCAAUAAUGAAGGAUUACUAUAAUGCUUAUUUUACAAAUGCUUUUACAAAAAUGUUGAUUCUAAAGGGGUUAGAAGGAUAUUUAUGAUGGUGUAAAAUGAUUUCAUUAUUAGCCUAUGUGUGACAAAAAUCAGUUAGUGGAAGAAAUUAAUGAACACUUGUGAGCAGCUUUCAGUCAGAUACACAACACUUGCCAGCAAAAUGCAUAAAAAUACUUUGAAGGAAGAAAUCCAGCCUGUUUGUGACAUAAUGUGUCCAAAACAAAGCUACUGACAUUGAAUCAAGAAUUUAAUGUUGAGAUGUCCAACUGAAUGAGAUACGGCCAUGUAGCUAGUGAAGUAUGACCCAGCCACUGAUGUAGUUUGCUUUGCAGGGACUACUGUAUUUUGGACCACCUGUGAAUACUUAAAUGAAGGCAAAAUAAAUAAAUAAAUAAAUCUGAUAACUGCUACAA